UGUCCCAGGCGAGCGCGGCGAUAGAGGCUGGGGGAAGACGGAUGUCGUGUCAUCCACACCAAUCUCUCAGGUGGACCAGUGGAGUAAACAUCGCACGAACGCUCAGCCACCCUGUUGAAAGUACAGAAACCCACGGAGAAAGAGCACCGCCCUGUUUUACUCACAGCUUGACAUAUGCUUUAAUAGAGGGAAUACUUCCUCCGACACCAGGAUUAUGACACAAUUGAAAACAAGGUGUGAACACAUUCAUUGGAAUAGCAAUCGCCUGCACGUCUAGUUUUCAUUCUGUCCAGCUAUAAUAGCUGAUAGAGAGGGUGGCGACAGCUGUGAAUUAAACCUGAUACGAGUAGUGAGUCAUUUCACAGGCACCAUCAAGGUAAGGUCUGGGCAUAUGGACGGUGUUCGUUGUUAUGAUGUUAACAUUUAUGGCAAUGUGACGAACGAAACGAACCGGUUUUUAGCUGUUGUCUAUCUUCAGACGUUCUACCCAAGUCUCAUCCUAUCCUAAAUGUGGCUGACACGUCCCAUGAUGUUUGCUUGGAAAAAAUAAUAGCGUUCAUGAGUGAGAUGUCAAGUUGGAGCAGCUUGUAUGGGAGUGGAUAUUCUUCACAGGACGCAAGUCACGAUGUCAAAGAUACGUAGGUCGUUUGUCCGCCAUGCUGGCGUUGUUGGUUUUGUAUUUUUAAUACAGUUUUUUAUUUUGUUACCAAUUGUGUGUCAUACACUUCCAUUCUCUGCAUACUUCGGCAUAACUUCAGGAACGACUGACUUUCAGCAGAGAGCCAAGAUGUUAAAUGACGAGAGAGUUAAACAUGCCAACAUUUACUUCAAGAAUAAAAAUGGCAACGAAAGCCUACGUUACUACCAUUCUAUUGGAAGCGCCACCGACAUGUAUCUGGCAGUGGCUAUAGUCACAGUAAGACGCUCGGGGGUGAAGAAAGGAAACGAAAGUCUGGGGUAUGUUCUCCAAACUUCAGCUGGAAUUGACAGUUUUGCAAGAAGCAGCAACUUUAUAAACAGAACCUUUGUGUUUCUCUGCAAUGUUGAUUCUAAACCUGACAUGCACGAAGAGGCACAUUUUCUGGAAAUGUACCUGCCGUUUAUUGAAAGGUAUGGAUCCUCGAGUUUCAAGGUGAAGGACAUGCAGCUUCCACAUGGAAACCUAACCUACAAUCAAAGACAUCAUAAAAACACUCAUGAAAAGGAAACGUUUGACUAUUCCUAUUGUUUAAAGGUGGCUGAAUCGUUUCAUCCCGAGUUCAUAUUGAUGGUUGAAGACGAUGCCGUUCCCCACGCAGAUUUGUCAAGCGUUCUGAAACAUUCACUAGAUUACCAUUUAGUCGAUAAAGCAAAAAGUACACGUGUGAAAAAGAAGUUCUGCUAUCUGAAACUUUAUUACCCCGAGAAAUGGCAAGGGUUUGCAUUCGAGUUACCGAGGGCUUUAGAGCUGGUCAGUUUCGGUUGUGUGGGAGGAGGGAUAAGUGUCUUGUGCAGAUUUCUGCUGUGGAACACGAACAGACGGAGGCAACCAUUGUUUCAAUACUUCUUAUUAGGAAUGAUCCUUUUUAUGUUGACGACAAAGCUGGUUGGUCGUCAAAACGUUCUUGAGCUUCGAAGACUGUCCAAAUAUUUGUACCAGUUCCGACUAGCGCCUGGAUGUUGUACGCCAGCCACGUUGUAUCCCAGCGCAGUGGUUGAACCCUUGACCACAUAUUUGACGACGUUGCCAUCACCUCGGAAUACGGAUCUUGCCAUUUAUGACUUCGUUCGGCAAACUAAUAUACCAGCUUAUCAGCUGGAACCUAAUUUAUUUCACCAUAUCGGAAUGCAUUCAUCGUUAGGAUCCGGCGAUAAAGAUGCUGAACAUUUUGUGUCUACUUUCAAAUUUAUAUAAUUUCAUAGGACAUGUUUCAUUUUAUUCUUUGCAUGAAUCGUUACUCUAUCGUAUCCUGCUUGCUUCU